AUGGCCAGCACUUCCCGUGCAGCAAGAAGCCAGAAUGUCAGUCAUUCCCAGGCAACACAACAACCAAUUCGAGAGGUGGACGACAAGGUUCGCGGCAUUUUAGCGUACAUCCUCGAUCACACAGCCCAGAAGAUUCCCAUCAAGGACAAGGAUUUGGUGCCGGCGGCUGGCGACCGGAACGAGCUGAAGAAGCGUCUGCCGCUGGUAGCUGAAUUGCUGGCCAAGCGUUUCGGAAUUUUGCUUACCCCGCUGGAUGCGGCAUCCAAGACGUUCAUUUGCAUUGCGGAGGAGCCGGUGGCCUCCAUUCACGAGCUGACUCCGGCACAACGACCCCAGUUCACGCUGCUGUACAUUAUCCUCAUGUACAUCUUCCUGCGCGGCAACCGCAUCGAGGACACGAAGCUGUACGGCAUGUUGGAGAUGCUAAAUAUCCAGGACGAGGAGCACGGCUAUUUUGGCGCCAAUCCGCGCAAGCAGAUCGACGAGACAUUCGUGAAGCAGCAGUACCUUAAGCGGGAGCGCUCCCAACUGAGCGCCUACGACGACCCCAAGACCUUCUUCCUUUGGGGACCGCGAGCCAAGGCGGAGUUCACCUUCGAGCAGAUCGUGCAGUUCGCCUCAAAGCUGCUCAACCAGCAUCCCAAGAUCUUCGAUCACCACCUGACCAUGGCCCAGGAGGGGGUAAAUGCGGAGCAGUAGGAUCUGCAGUCGCUUAAAAAAACUAACAAAAUAUUUGAAUAUUUCCUAAUUUGUUCGUUUGAUUUAAUAGAGAAGUGCGCUUUUGUUAAUUUACUUAUUUUACUUAAAAACAAGUUAAAAUAAAGUGAAAUAUAUUUUGUA